GUAGAACAGGGGGGAAAAGACAUGGCUACAACCAAGCAACUACUUCUCGCCGGAGUUUUCCUGGUGGUACUGGUGACUAAGCAUGGGCUGUGUGGUAGUGCCGAAGAGUGGAAGGCGCGGAGCGUGUAUCAGGUGCUGACAGACCGGUUUGGAGGUCCUGUGACGGAUUCAUGCAAUCUCAACGAUUACUGUGGAGGAACUUUUUCUGGUCUCAUUGAUCAUCUUGACUACAUCGAGGGCAUGGGCUUUGAUGCCAUUUGGAUCUCGCCGGUUGUCACCAAUACUCCUGGUGGUUAUCAUGGUUACUGGGCAAAGGACUUUAGCACCAUCAACUCUCACUUUGGUUCCGCAGCUGAUCUCAAGGCCCUCGUCGACGCCGCCCAUCGUCGCGACAUGUGGGUCAUGCUGGACAUUGUCCUCAAUCACGUUGGUCCUGUUGGCUCGCAGUUCUCGGCCAUCACUCCCUUCUCACAUCCAGGCGACUACCAUCCUCAGUGCAGCGUGUCUCAGUACGUGUGCUUCACCGAGGAAGUCCUCCACUGCCGGCUGGCAAGCCUGCCGGAUCUCAAUCAGCAGAACGCUACCGUGGCCGACGAGCUCGUCGCUUGGGUCGGCCGCAUGAUCAGCGAGUACCAGUUUGACGGCAUUCGUGCCGACACCGUCAUGUACAUCAAUCAGGACUUUUGGGCCCGGGUCCAGGCUGAGGCUGGCGUCUACAUUGUCGGCGAGGUCUACUCGUCGGUCGAGUGCAACAUCGCGUACCAAAAGCACGGCGUCGACGCCACGCUCUCGUAUCCAAUGUUCUUCACCCUACGCUCCGUCUUCCAGGAUGGCCAGUCGAUGAACCUCAUCCAGUCGCAGGUCGACGCUUACAAAGGCUUUCCGGACGCCUCCAUCCUUGGUACCUUUAUCGACAACCACGACAACCCGCGGUUCCUCUACCAGAACACCAACAAGAUCCCGCAGUACCUCAACGCUCUCACCUUUGUCCUCUUCUCACAAGGCGUGCCCAUUGUGUACUACGGGACUGAGCAGUACUUUGCCGGCGGCAACGAUCCGGCCAACCGCGAGAUCCUCUGGCCCACCAAGUUCCAGACCUCGACGCCCAUGUACGCUUUCCUCGCGCAGCUCAACUCGCUGCGGAAGAACACCACGGCCUGGUCCUUCCCGCAAGUCCAGCGGUACUCGACCGAUAACUUCUACGCCUUUUCCCGCGGAUCUACCUUGGUCGCUCUCACCAACUCGGGUGCUUCGUUUGACAUCUCCAUCACCUACUCGCCGUACACCGCGGGCGUCAAGAUCUGUAACGCACUGGCCGUCCCGGCCGACUCGGACUGCCUCGUCACCGGCGCCAGCGGCGCGUUCACCGUCUCGAUGGGCAAGGGCCUGCCCAAGAUUUACGUCCCUGCCGCAGCUGAGAGUGCCUAACGCUGCCUCGCUACAGGUCUGCGUGAAGUGCGGCAAGCGUCUGGGCCUGAGCUGUGGUCAACGCAUCCGCUUGGCCGCGGCUGCGGACGACUGCGGCCUGGGCGUCGGCCGGCGCCACGCCGAGCCGCGCCACCGC